AUGGCGACAAUCAGCAGCACACCCGUCGUCAUUGACGCCAAAGGCCAUCUGCUCGGCCGACUUGCGUCCAUUGUGGCCAAGCAAGCCCUCAGCGGUCAGAAGAUCGUCGUCGUCCGUGCAGAGGAGAUCAACGUCUCUGGCAGCUUCUUCCGUCUCAAAUUGAGAUAUGCUGAAUUCAUGCACAAGCGACAUCUCGUCAACCCAAAGAAGUCGGGUCCCUUCCACCACCGCUCGCCCGCUUCCAUCCUCAAGCGUACCAUCCGUGGCAUGUUGCCGCACAAGUCUGCCAGAGGUGUAGCCGCCAUGUCUCGCAUCAAGGCGUUCGAGGGUGUCCCUCCUCCUUACGACAAGCAAAAGCGUGUCGUCGUGCCCAACGCUCUCCGUGUGCUCAGACUCAAGCCAGGCCGCAAGUUCUGCACGAUCAAGGUGCGGAAGCAGCAGCAUGCACUCUGUCAAAGUGCUGAACCGGUCAUCAUCUUGCAGCGAUUGUCUCACGAGUAUGGAUGGGGCUACAAGGAUGUCGUGGAUAGACUGGAAGAGAAGCGAAAAGUCAAGAACCAGGCUUACUACGAGCGCAAGAUCCAGCUCACAAAGGCAAGGACGGCAGCACGCAAGGCUGUCGCGAGCAAGGAUACCGCUGGCGCAGAGAAGCUUGCAGCUUACGGAUUCGCCUGA